UGACGUGGCUGUCACGUGACCGAGAGCCGCCUAGAGCCGAAGUCCUGUUAGUCGCCUCCGACUGGGUACCAACCCCCUAUUACUCUGCAGGCGCGUGAAGGAGAAGGAAACUCGCUGGGACCGCACAGGCUCGGUCCAUCUAUCACCGUGGAGGGAAUACAGCAGAAGACAUCAGAAGAAAAAGGAAUUCACUUGAUGUUUGAGAGAGUCAUCACAAGAAUCACAGAAGCCUAGGAGAGGCUGAAGAUUACUGGCCUGCACCGUUAUUCACACAACCACUGAGAGUUCACUUCAAUCAGGUGAAGAAAGACCCUCUCCUUUCUGGCCCAAAGGCUCACACCCAUCUAAGUAUGGGUCGGGCCCGGGAAAUGGGUUGGAUGGCAGCAGGACUGAUGAUUGGGGCUGGUGCCUGCUACUGCAUGUACAAACUAACCAUGGGAAGACAUGGAAGUAACCAAUUGGAGGAUGAGGAGGAAGAUGAAUGGGAUGAUGAGCAGAAUCUGGAUGAAGAGGAGGCAGACAAUUGGUUUGAUUUCACAACAAUGGCUCGGCCCUGGAGUGAGGAUGGGGUCUGGGAUGAACCUGGGGCCCCAGGUGGGACUGAGGACAGACAUUCAGGUGGUGGAAAGGCAAACAGAGCACACCCAACCAAACAACGACCAUUCCCUUACGAACAUAAAAAUACAUGGGGUGCUCAAAGCUUUAAAUCCUUCAAUUGUGCUCUUGACCUGACCAAGUGUGCUUCCAUUCAAGGAAAAAAAAUAAUGUUCACCAAGCCCACAUAUGCUGUUUUUUCCCUUAGCCACAAUGUCAGUAGGCAUUUAGCCAGCCUCUCAGUGGUUGGAAACCGGAUCCCCAACCCCCAGCCCACUGUGAGGGAGAAGGCAUUGUGUGUCCCGGAAAAUCCGAACACCAGUAUGGGAAAUCAGGGCCAGAUUAAGAUGUGCAUCGAUGAAGUGUGUCGAGAGACCGUGUUACGUUGCUGCAAGUCAUUUCUGCAGCAGGCCGGAUUAGAUCUGCUAAUAAGCAUGACAGUUAUUAAUAACAUGCUUGCCAAGUCGGUUUCAGACCCAAAGUUUCCUUUGAUAUCCCAGGGAAGGGAAUGUGCAAAGGUUGAGGGUUUGGAAGCACUGAUGGGUUUGCCUGAAAAGCCAGUGUUGGCAGGGGAAGUGCUGGCUGCCCAAAUGCUGUCCUCAUCCAUGCUCCCCUUUAUCAGAAGUGGGAGCAGAGAGAUGCUCCUGGAAGCCCUCUCCCCAUAAGUGGCUGUCUUGAGCAGAAGGAGAUCGAAUCCACCCACAGCCCGAGCAGUUUACUGAGGGAGGGAAAGAAGCUGCAGAGGGUGCAGGCAAGGGUGCAGCCUUAGCCAGCGAGCUCCUCCUUGGGCGAAAGUUCCAGUGGCUAAAUGGAGGGCCGCACUCUUCUUGGCCAGGCAGGCCUCCCCAGAGCCCUGGGCAACUUCUGGGCCUUGUAGUCUGCAGGUGAAACGCAUUGCAAAUUGCUCCCUUGCAGCCUCCCUCCUGCAGUAAAGGGUGGAGGGAUCACCCCUUUGGCCGCUAGCUGCGGAUGAGGAACAUGAAAUCACAGCAUCACGAGUGCUGUCCUUGCCUGUGGUGAUCUCCCUGUCUAAGCGGGACCACUUAGCAGAAAUGACACCCACAUGGGAGCUUGUGGCCAGCUUGCAUCUGCUGCCUCUGCUUUGGUUGAAGUAGUUCUCUCUCCUCUUUUCUACACUAGCUGAUGAAUGGCUAGCAUGUUAAUCAAAAAAAUACACUCCCCUCCUGUCCGAUGUACCGACUGACCCUCUUCCACCCGAGCCCCCACCUGUGUGUAUCAUCAAUAAACUCGUGUGCUUUGAUUGGCAAGAAAAUGAAAA